UAAAGCACUAUUUUAGAAACAGUUCUGAGCAUCAGAACGAGAGAGAGAAGAAGCAGAGACACAGAGAAGCACGAUGGAAGAGUUCAAAUGGAUCAAAAUGUCUUUAUUUCUGAUACCGCUGCUUCACUUUACAGCAGCAGCUGGAAACCAUUUCCUCUCCUCCACUGUCAGAGCUGGAGAUGAUGUCACUUUGCCUUGUGAACAUGUGAUAGACGGUCAGAGAAAGUGUGACAGUACUACCUGGAUCUUCAGUCGUUCAGGAAACACAGUGACGCUGUUUGAAGAUGGGCAGAUUAAAGAAGAAGCCAGAGUUAAAUCAGACAGACUGAGUGUUAGAGAGAACUGUUCUCUGGUUAUAAAGAAGGUCACAGAGGAGGAUGCUGGUCGUUACACCUGCAGACAGUUCAGAUCAGGACAACAUCAAGGUCCAGAUACUCUGGUUGAUCUCUCUGUUACCACGACUGAACAGAAGAACACUAAUGAGGAGAAAGCAGGUAAGGACACAAUAACAACAAAACCAACAACAACAACAGCAGCAGCAGCAGCAGCAGCAGCAACAACAACAACAACAACAACAACAACAACAACUGAAAGCAGCAUUAAAUCAGGAACCAAUGAUGCUUCACCAAAACGACAAGAUAUGUCGGUGUACAUCAUCGUGGCUCUGGUUUUGGUAGCACUCCUAAUAAUCGUGGCUGUCAUCAGUUGGAAGAAAAUGAAAGGAAACACAACACGGAGGAACGACAAUGUUGGGCUGACCUCAAACUCUGCAGCAACUCAGUCUGCUCCAGAAACCAAUCAGGACACGGCUGAUCCUGAAGGUGGUGUUUCCUACGCCUCCAUCAGAUACACCAAGAAGACCAACAGAGCCCAGGUUCAGCGUAAAAAUGAUGAUGAUGCAUUGACCUACGCAACCGUGAAAGCUUCCUCCGCUGAUCCCAGUGACCUCUACGCUACCAUCUACUAAUCUGUCUAAUCUGUCAUCAGAUAUUUGCUAAUCUCUGUUAAUGUUCAUGAUCAUUUUCAUGAUGGAUUACUGUAAACAGCUUCCUAUUCAGAAGGGCGUGUAGUAGGUUAACUAGUGUUGCAAUGUAGAAAGGGGAAGUAGUAGUUCAAAAUGUAUAUAUGUGGUGCUUAAAAUGUAAAUGAGCAAAACAUAUACAUUUUGCUUGAUGAACUUUAUUGUGCUGAGUGAUGGAUGUGCUAAUCUUAGGCUAUAGUUCAAGGUUAAUAAGAUUUUUUUUGUCUUAUACUACAUAUAUUGCCUGUAAAUAUUUUAUAUGCAACAAUUUAUCAAGGGCAAGCAAUUUUACUGAUUUUCUCAUGUUCUUAAUUUUCACAUUUUUUUCUGUGUAGUUUCAUCUGUUAUUGUUUCAUAUGCAAUAAUGCAUUUAUGUCUCCUUUUAUCAAAAUAUUCAAAGCAUCCUGAAAAGGGGAGGAUGUGAAAUUACUUAUUAAACAACUGAAUAAGUGAAAAUUGGAAAUUCAAAUGUAAAUUUGAUUCAAAUCAAUUGGAAAUGAGCAAUAAGGAAGUUAAGCACUUAAGAGUGAGAGACAAUGAAAAAGGAUGAAAGUCACUAUGAGGAAGUGACACCUUACUGAUCACAGAAAGUAGUAAUAAUAAUAAUAAUAAUAAAUUGAAUUUAUAUAGCGCUUUUCAUGGACUCAUGUAGUAGCAUGAAUUUCUCUCUAGAAAUGU